GCGCAGGACCCCGCAGUGUGUCCGGCAGCUCAACGCCUGAACAGAAUCACAGCAUAAACGUCCGGUCCAGAGGAACACCGCGGUGCGUCAUCUAGUCUGCACCUUCUGCGGGUAUUCAUCUCAUCCCUCGACCAACGUUAUCCUCUACAAAGCAGCAGCAGCGGGCUGCAUCCAGGGACGCAGAAUGGACCCACAGAAGAUCUCGGACUUGAAGGCCUUCGUGCAGUUAUGCCAGUCCAACUCGUCGGUGCUGCACCUGCCGGAGAUGGAGUUCUUCAGGACGUGGCUGAAGGGAAUGGGCGCCUUUAUUCCUCUACCCAGAAAGAGCGAGGGUUCGUGCAAGGGCGGCUGUCCAUGCGGUCCCAAGUCCUCCGCCGCCCAAGAGGAUGCCAUCUCCGAGGACGAGAGUGACAUAGAGAUCGACAACGAGGGCGUGAUCGAGCCCGACACGGACGAGCCUCAGGAGAUGGGAGACUUCGAGAACCUGGAGGUGACGGAGGAGAUGAUGGAGCAGGCCAACGACAAGAAGAUGGAGGCCAUCAACGCCCUGGGAGAGGGCGACCUGCCGAAGGCUCUGGAGCUCUUCACCGACGCCAUCAAGCUCAACCCUUGCGUGGCCAUCCUGUAUGCCAAGAGGGCCAGUGUCUUCAUCCAGAUGAAGAAGCCCAACGCCGCCAAGAGAGACUGCGACCGCGCCAUCACCAUCAACCCCGACUCUGCACAGCCCUACAAGUGGAGGGGGAAGGCCAACAAGCUCCUGGGGAACUGGGAGGAGGCGGCUAAGGACCUGGCCACGGCCUGCAAGCUGGACUACGACGAGGACGCCUCGGCCCUGCUGAAGGAGGUGCAGCCCAAGGCCACCAGGAUCAUCGAGCACCGACGCAAGUACGAGCGCAAGAGGGAGGAGAAGGAGAUCAAGGACAAGAAGGAGCGCAUCAAGAAGGCCAAAGAGGAGCACGAGCGCGCCCAGAAGGUGAGGGGCGGUUUGAUACAGGAGGGUGUCGCAGGGGGGUGUCGCAGGGGGGUCGUGUCCUCAUCUUGUCCUCUGUCUCUGCUAGGGGGAGGAUGCCCGGCAGGCGUCUGGAGGAGGAGGAGGAACCGGAGGAUUCCCAGGGUUCCCAGCUCCAUCACGUCUGACUCUAGGGGCCGGAGGUUUCCCAGGAGGUGCCGGAGGUUUCCCAGGAGGUGCCGGAGGUUUCCCAGGAGGUGCCGGAGGUUUCCCAGGAGGUGCCGGAGGUUUCCCAGGAGGUGCCGGUGGGGCCGGUGGGUCUCCCUUCGGUAUGCCCGGGAUCGGGGAUCUGUUGAACGACCCCGAGGUGCUGAACGCCAUGAAGGACCAAGACGUCAUGGACGCCUUCCAGGACGUGGCCCAGAACCCGGCCAACAUCUCAAAGUACCAGGGCAACCCCAAGAUCAUGGCUCUCAUCACCAAGCUGAGCGCCAAGUUCGGGGCUCCUCCUCAGACCUAGAGAGGAGAGGGAGGGAGGAGGCUGGCCGACGUGUUUAUUCCACUGUGUACCGAUCAGUUAGGGACGUGGCUGGCAGGGGUCCGAUGGGGGGCUGCAUCGACGCAGGGCGGUGGGACUGCAGAAGGCAUGCUCGAAAAAUGUUUCUACUAUAAAAGGUGUGCUGCGAAAAGCAGACCAAGAAAAGACCUAAUGGAAAAUGUAACCUUACCGACUCUAGUCUUAUUAACGGCUCUGGGGUUCUCAGGGUGGGGGGGAGGGGGGGGGGGCAGAGGUCUGAUGUCCAUCCACUAUCCACACCCACCUCCCUGUUGUCUUUAGCCUGCAUUACAAUGAUUUCAAACGUUUUUUCCACGACCGAUGCGUGACCCAGACCCGAGCCAAUGCAGGCACUUUUAAAAGUUAUUUUCCUGUCAACUGAAAUGUUUCUUUCCCUAGUCCAAGUUCAAUAUUUUCUAAUGGUUUGCCUCCUUUACUGUAUUACUUGUUCCCUGUUACUUUCAAUGCAAAAAAGUUUUGGUAUCUGAAGUCAAUUCACAAUAAAUUUUGAUUGUCACAUGA